AUGCCAGACUAUCAUGACGCACUUCGGUUUCUUUACAGUGUUCACUUAAUAUUGCUUGACGCCACACUAUGUGUAUUCCCAGUACUUGCAUUAUGUCUCAUACCAAAUAUUUUCAUUCUGUUAAUUUGGUUCCCAGCAUUUAUCAGAAAUGUUUAUCGAUAUAUCUAUUUCAAUAAGCAUAUUGGACCGAACUUGAAAUUCGUAGUAUUUCUAUUUUCUCCUGUUCUGAUCGUGCUCUAUUUGCCAGUUGGAAUUUCAGUAUGUGUGAUUUAUACGAUUUGGAUUGUACUAUUGGGUCCAAUUAUCGAACAUGCAGCGCGAAGUGAGGAUCAUUUAUACGACCUUUCUCAAACAGCCGCAUUGGUUUAUUAUUUGUAUCAUCGAGCGCGAGGCCAUGAUCUGGUGGAACUAAAUGCCUAUAAUCCUGAACUGGAAGAGCGAUGGUCGUAUUUAUCAGAAUCACCGGUAGCUGCACCAUUCACUUCUGCAUUACAAUUAUCCGCGGGAAUGUGGGCAGUCCACUCAAAAAUAAUACCGGAAAUGGUAGACGAUGAAAAACGAUACCAAGGAAAUACAAUAGAUUUCGCUUUUUGGCGUCUCGUGGUGGGCAUAUCUAUUUUCCCAUUUUAUUUUUUUGUCACCGUACCAACAACAGUAAUUGCCGCGAUUAUAUUCUAUAUUCCAUUAUUGAUUCGAUGUGAAAUUAUUUUGUGGAAAACUUUUUCAACCUUGGAUAUCUUUUGCGCGAUUGUCACGUUUUUUGGAUUCGUGCUGAUGACAAUUGCCCUUGUGCCGUUGAUAGUGGCGGGAGAUAUUCUACUUGUUGCAGUAGUGUUGUUGACCUCGUUUUAUCCAAUGUACAUGGCAGUUGUCGAGUCAAUAGAGGCUGGAUUUCGUGCAUCUAUUGAAGUAGCUGGUGAUGUCACGCGUCGAUACAUGGAAGCCGCAA